GUCGUUAGAAAUCGUCGGACACAGCCGCAGUUCUUUCUCCGAUUAGAAAUUUAGAAAUUAGAAAUCCACAAAAGUAGCAUCAUCACCAGAAUGUCACCCAACAGCAACUCGGAAAAGCCAAUCAAUCCCAACGAACUCCUGCACAUUCCAAAGUGGGUGAACGAGGACUAUUUUUUUCCGAUUCUUGCAAAGGAUGUGGAAAACUUCGACAAGAUAGUGAACUUUACACCCAUUGCGGCCACAGCUCCCGGGGAAAACUAUACUUCCAUUAUGAUCAGGGUUAUUGUGGAUAUUCUUCUGAAGGAUGGCAGCCAGCAGAAAAUGUCGUAUAUUCUGAAAACCAUGCUGGAGGCGGACAGUGGGGCGGAUGUGGUCAAUGGCAUGGGUCUGUUCCCCAAGGAGCAGCAAAUGUACGAGGUGCACAUUCCGCAGUUCGUGAAGCUUUACAAGGAGGUGGGCAUGGAGAUUGAGUUGGCGCCCAAGUGUCUCCAUGUGGAGGCCACCGCCGAGUUGAUCACCCUGGUCUUCGAAGAUCUGAGCCGGCAAAAUUUCAAGAAUUGCGAUCGGCUCAAGGGCUUUGAUUUGGCGCACAUGACCCGUGUGCUCCGGAAACUGGCCGAAUUUCAUGCUGCCUCUGCCGUUUCCAGGGAAAUAAAUGGACCCUACGAUCCAAUGUACUCCAUGUCCAUGUUCAACGAGCAGAGUCGCGAUUUGAUCAAGUCUCUGGGAGAAAUGCGACAGGUGCAGUUCUUAAAGGCAAUGCGAACCUGGGACUUAGAGGAUGUCGAAAGGUACAUCACCCUCAUGUGGAGUCCCAUGGAAGUGUUCGAAGAGGCCAUGCAGGUCAAUCAGGUUGACGAGACGGAGUUCAAUGUGCUGAAUCAUGGUGACUGCUGGUCCAAUAACAUCAUGUUUAAUUACAAGGACAACGGGGAGAUAGACAGAACCAUUUUCGUGGACCUGCAGAUCGGCAAGUGGGGCACUCCGGCCCAAGACCUUUGGUACCUGAUCACCACCUCUGCCUCGCUGGACAUUAAAACCAAAGAGUUUGAUCACUUUAUUCAGAUCUAUCACGAGCGAUUGGCUGAAUGCCUUAAGCUCUUGAAUUACUCGAAAGCCAUUCCUUCUCUCAGGGAUCUGCACAUCAUGAUGCUGAAGUACGGUUUUUGGGGACCCCUCACAGCCACUGGUGUAAUGGUGGCAACUCUUAUGCCCACCGACAAGGAUGCCAACAUUAAAAUGAUGAUGGCCCCAGGACCUGAGGCCGAUGCCCUUCGUUACAGGACCUUUAGCAAUCCCUACUACGCCAAGGCCAUGAAGGUGUUAUUACCAUUUUUCGAUAACAAGGGACUUUUGAAGUCCGCUUAGACCAAGUCCCCAAUUUUCAAAUAACAAUGUAGCCAAUUUGUUGUGAUAUCAUAGAUCAUAUAAGCAUGAAAUAAAUAAUAUUUUCUAUUUAAUUUAAACUUA